AUGAAUGAUUUCAAUCUUGUGGGGUGUCCUCAUGGGGAUGCGAUUUUGGAGGAGGAUAUUGAUGAUGGCCAUAGGGUGGUUAGAUGGUCCCCCCCUCCCACUUCUGUUUACAAAAUAAAUAUUGAUGCUUCUUGGGUUAGUUGUACUCUGCAAGCUGGUCUGGGAGUUGUUGUGAGAAAUUCGGCUGGCAUCUUUAUGGGUGGUUGCUGCGGUCCUCGACUUGCUUCUUCGGCAAUUGAGGCUGAAGCCCAUGCUGCCUUAAAGGGGGUCAAGCUGGCUGUUGAAAGGGGGUUUCCAAAUGUGGUCUUCGAAUCUGACUCAAAGGAGCUCGUUCAAUCAGUUAAAGGAAAUAUUUUGAAAGGGAGGUGGAUGAUUUAUCCUAUCCUGUCAGCUAUUCGACGUCAUUGUAGCAGUUUUAUAUCUUGUUCUUGGCAUUGGGUCCCUCGAGGGGCAAACCGAGCAGCGGAUGCUGCAGCUCAGCGAGCUAGAAGGAGGAUGUGCGAUGAAGUUUGGGCUUCCAGCCCCCCAUCCUCUCUGGUUUAUGUGUUGCAAGCUGACGGACUUCCUUGCCCCCCGCGGUGCUAG